AUGGGCACAUGCUUCACUAACCUGAUACAAGCCGCUGGUGCAUGCACUGACUCGACAUACGACUACGUCAUUGUUAUACAACUAUUCAAUCGGUACUAUUGAAAACUUAACUAUGGUGCUGACACUGUACAAACUCGAUGCCAGUCCACCAGUCCGCUCCGUUCUGAUGGUAAUCGACGCUGCGAAAAUAACUGAUGUACAAUAUGUAAAUGUCAACGUUCUUAAAGGCGAGCAUCUGACUGACGAAUACUUAAAGAUGAAUCCACAGCACUCUAUACCAAUGUUAAAAGAUGGUGAUUUUACUGUAUGGGACAGUCACGCAAUUUCUGUGUACUUAUUGACAAAGUACACUGAUGACGAUAUUCUUUAUCCAAUUGAUCAUAAAAAGAGAGCGUUGAUUGAUCAAAGGCUACAUUUUGAUAGUGGAGUACUUUUUGUAGCUUUGCGUGCCGCAGUCGACCCAGUGGUAUAUCAGGGAGAGAAUUUUUACAGGAAUAGCGCUUUGUUGAAGAUAAAGACUGCUUAUGACUUUGCUGAUAAGUUUUUAACUAGCAAAUGGCUUGUGGGCGACGAGAUUACUUUGGCAGAUAUCUGUUGUGUUGCCAACAUUAGUUCGCUUAAUGAAAUAUUGCCUAUUGAUGCAGAAUUGUAUCCGAAUUUAGCUCAAUGGUUGGAAAAUUGUAAAGAGCAAGAAUUCUAUAAGAAAGGGAAUAAACCAGGACUGGAAGAAUUUAGUGCGUUGCUACACUCACGUCUCAGCAGCACUCAACGUACAGUGUCACAUCUACAGCGGCAUUACGCGCAAUCGACUGUGUCCGUUCUACUAAACAAUUUAAAAGGAAUUAAAAUCAUGGUUCUAAAGCUAUACAAAAUUGAUGCAAGCCCGCCAGCAAGGGCCGCUAUGAUGACCAUUGAAGCUGCAAAUAUUCCUAAUGUAGAAUUUGUCGACAUUGAUUUCUUUGGGAAAGAACAUUUGAAAGACGAAUACUUGCAGAAAAACCCACAACAUACUGUGCCGACUUUGCAAGACGAUGAUUUUUAUAUUUGGGACAGUCACGCAAUAGCUGUAUAUUUACUAACAAAAUACAGCAAAAACACAACUCUUUACCCAUCAGAUCCUAAACAGCGCGCAAUCAUAGAUCAGAGACUACAUUUUGACAGCGGAAUACUCUUCCCAAGCUUACGUGGAGCUAUCGGACCGGUAAUUUACCAAGGUGAAAAAGCGAUUAAACCAGAAGCAUUCGAGAAAAUCAAAUCUGGUUACGAUUUCUCAGAAAAGUUUCUGACCAAACGUUGGGUCGCUGGUGACGAGUUAACUUUAGCCGACAUUUUCUUCAUGGCUUCAAUCAGCUCCUUAAACGAGAUACUACCGAUCGACGCUGCAACGUUCCCCAAACUCACUGCUUGGUUGAAUCGCUGCAAAGAGCUGGACUAUUACAAGAAAAUGAAUGAGCCGGGAACAGUACAACUAGGAGCUUUAGUUAAGAGUAAACUGGCUUGAAUCACUGACAUGUCUCUGGUUAAUGGCCAUAACCUCUUUAAAAUAUCUCCACUUCAAUGCUAUUAAAUGAUUUUC